AUGACACGACGUCGCAAGAAUACACCAAAACAAGCCAGAACAGAGCUUGCAGGAGAAGCUCAGCAGACAGACGGCUCUACGAGUUUGGGUGCACCUACGACACAAUACCAAUAUCAACAUUUCAUUCCAAGGUUCAUAUUGCGAAGAUUCCAAGUCGGACCUGUGAAGUCCAAAACGGAACGACAAAAUGAAUUUCGACGCACUGGUGUUGAUCCUGAAUACGUCCACUACUAUGAUAUUGCUACGGGUAGCCUUGACAUUCGUCCUAUUGGAAUGGUUUACGGCGUACCGAAUUUCUACCAGGACGUUCGAAACACCCGUAAUAUAAACGCACUAGAGGAGAAAUUAGGGGACCUCGAACGUGAUGCAGCUUCCAUUAUCAUGGACUUGCAUAAUGCGCUUCCUCAGGGUACUUUCACUCUGAAGCGGAGGCCGCUGGAGCUCCUGCGGAAGUUUCUAUUUAUCAUGCAUUAUCGCAAGGUAUCGUGCUCAGAUACCUACUUCCAAGUGGAUCACCCGGAGAAUGCAGGAGGCCGUCAGUGGAUUGAGUCCUUCAUGAAGGCGAAGGGCAUUCAUUCUUCUGCCGGGGUCUGGCUACACUUCCUCAGAUACUACUUGGAUUCAUCUCAUUCAGACAUCAUGCAAGAUGCUGCAAAACUCGUGGAGAAGUACGGCGAAGAGGGUCUUCAAAGAAUGAUAACUGAAUCACAUAUCCCACCUGAUCUCAAACACUUCCCAGCUUACACAUACCACACUCAUGCGAACAACUACUUCUUCAGUAUCUGGGAAGCUGCGGAAGGGGAAGAAUUUAUCCUCACGCACAACGGAUUUGGUUUGUGGGAAGGGUUGGCAGAUGGCUAUCCUGACCUGCACCGCAUAUUCGUAGUCAGCCCUCGCGUUGCUCUCGUCUUGCGUAAUAUCAUCUUGCGUCCGGAGAUGAAAGCAUACGUAAAGCGAGGUUCAUUGGCGAGCUCUUUCCUAAACGUGAAUCCAGCACCACCAACUCCAAUUUACGCCAGCGGACAAUACGGUACACACAUCGGCCAAACAUUGGAGUUCAAUUCUGUUCUGUUAGUCAACGUAACCAAGACAGGCUCUUUGACCUUCCUGUCGAAAAGUAAUAUGCUCCGCACCGUGCGUGCAUUCCGUAGUUUACCAGCCAAUUUCUUUGCGAGCCGGCUGCUCGUUCCGCUCAUUGCGCAAUUGUCGGACACCAUGGAUACAGAAGUGUCGACUCUUCGCCCACCAUCACAGUCGCCAGCGGCUGUCCUCGACCAGGGCGUUGUCGCACAUACACUUGUUGAUAAAGUGCUCCAUGUGUUAAGAUCUCUCCUACAUUUUGCUAUCUAUUGCAUCUUCAUCGCCCCAUUGGUAUAUCUUGUUAUCACGAAGUUGGCAUCACUGACCACGUAA